CUUCCGCUCACCGGCAGCCGGAGCGCUAACAACAACAUAGCAGAGCUAUAACAAGAGCUUGGUGCGACUUAUUAUUGUGUCAGUUGGACUUUAGUUUAAAUUCGUCUUACCAAAACCAUGGUGUGGUGUCAUAUCUGACUUUUCAACAAGCUCAUAUUAAGAAAGAGACAGUUUCUCCAUCCAGUCAGCGUUACAAGCUAACAUUAACGUUAGCAUUUGGCUGAAACAGCGUCGGUGGUUUUGGAGCUAACGUUAGGCCCGAGGCGGUAACGACAGGUGAACGACAGGUAACCGGGGCCCGCUGACCUAAAGGCCACAGAAAAUAACUGCUUCACCCCCCGAAAGACGAACCAGUGUCCCCAAAAUGAGAUCGUACGGAGACAGGGAUCGAGACCGCGGCCGUGACAGAGGGAGCCCUCGUUUCGGGUCCAGCAGAGGCGGCCCACCGCCGGGGAGAAAGUUUGGGAACCCCGGAGAACGUUUACGAAAGAAGAGGUGGGACCUGGACGAGCUUCCCAAAUUUGAGAAGAACUUUUACAGUGAACAUUCAGAAGUGCAGCGAAUGAGCCAGUAUGAUGAAGAGGAGUAUCGCAGGAAGAAAGAAAUCACUGUUCGAGGCUCCGGCUGCCCAAAGCCCAUCACCAACUUCCAUCAGGCACAGUUUCCCCAAUAUGUAAUGGAUGUACUGAUGCAGCAGAAUUUCAAGGAGCCCACAGCCAUUCAGGCUCAAGGUUUCCCUCUGGCCCUCAGCGGUAGAGACAUGGUGGGCAUUGCUCAGACUGGCUCUGGGAAGACCUUAUCGUAUCUGCUGCCUGCCAUUGUGCACAUCAAUCAUCAGCCCUACUUGGAGCGUGGCGAUGGACCCAUUUGCUUGGUUCUGGCCCCCACGAGAGAACUGGCGCAGCAGGUCCAGCAGGUGGCAUACGACUAUGGAAAGUCAUCCCGCAUCAAAAGCACCUGUGUGUAUGGGGGUUCUCCCAAGGGACCUCAAAUUCGAGACCUGGAGAGGGGUGUUGAGAUCUGCAUCGCCACUCCAGGUCGUCUGAUUGACUUCCUCGAGGCUGGAAAGACCAACCUGAAACGCUGCACGUACUUAGUUCUGGAUGAAGCUGACCGCAUGCUGGAUAUGGGGUUUGAACCACAGAUUCGCAAGAUUGUGGACCAGAUCAGGCCCGACAGACAGACCCUGAUGUGGAGCGCUACCUGGCCUAAAGAGGUUCGCCAGCUGGCGGAGGACUUUCUGAAAGACUAUGUCCAAAUCAAUGUCGGCGCGCUGGAACUCAGCGCCAACCACAACAUCCUUCAGAUAGUCGAUGUCUGUAUGGAGAGUGAGAAGGACCACAAGUUGAUCCAGCUGAUGGAGGAGAUUAUGGCUGAGAAAGAGAACAAGACCAUCAUCUUCGUGGAGACCAAGAAACGAUGUGACGAUCUCACACGCAGGAUGAGACGUGAUGGGUGGCCAGCGAUGUGUAUUCAUGGUGACAAGAGCCAGCCAGAGAGAGACUGGGUGUUAUCGGAAUUUCGUAGCGGCAAAGCUCCCAUCCUCAUCGCUACUGAUGUGGCCUCGCGUGGUCUGGAUGUGGAGGAUGUCAAGUUUGUCAUCAAUUACGACUACCCCAACUCAUCGGAGGACUACAUCCACCGUAUCGGCCGUACUGCCCGCAGCACCAACAAAGGCACUGCCUACACCUUCUUCACUCCGGGGAACAUCCGUCAGGCCCGCGAGCUGAUCCGGGUCCUGGAGGAGGCCCGGCAGGCCAUCAAUCCCAAACUACUGCAGCUUGUUGAUAAUGGACGUGGAGGAGGAGGCGGAGGAGGUGGCCGUCCCCGUUUCCGCGGGAGCUCCAAUUCCAACAAUCCCAACCUGAUGUACCAGGACGAGUGUGACAGGCGAAUGCGUUCCGUGGGUGGGGGCAGCAGCACCAAGGACAGCCGCAGCAGCAGCAGCAGCUAUGGCCGUGACAGCAGAGACAGCCGCGGAGGAAGCAGCCGGGACGGCGAUCGCUCCACCUCAUCUUCCUCCUCUUACAGAGAUCGCAGCAGCAGGGACGGAGGACGCAGCUACGGCUCCGGCUCCGGCUCCAACUCAUACGACCAGUACCAGAAUAAUAACGGCAGCAGCAGUCAGUACAGCAGCUCCAGGGCCAGCUCCGGGUCGGGGGGUGGCGGAGUGGGCCAGACCCCAACCACUUCAUCGGCCCCCCAGCCUCUGAUGGCUCAGCAGUUCAACCCUCCCCAGCCCAUGAUAGGCCUGAUGGGGCACUCGCCAUUCCAGUUUGCUUCUCCAUCAGGCAGAAAGUAAUGUCACACACAGCACGACACAUACUGUACACCGUCUGAACAUCAGUGAGAAAUCUUGGUUCUGCAAGGGUUUAGUCCUUUUGGUAGUUGUAACAUCAACUGGCCAGUUAUCAGGUUGUUCUGGCUGCAACUAAUCAGUGCACUGUGCUUUUAAAAUUUCUUCUUUCUUUAAGAUCAAGACAUCAAAAUAUUUAGACUGAUUCCCAGUUUGGUUAGUAAGUGGGCAACCCUUUUUGUUUUUGACUUCUUCUUUAAAGUCAAAUGAAUCAGCAUUUAUUAUUUAGUUUGACAGAAACUUGUCUGUCAUUUGACAGUUUGUCACUAUUGUCUUGGGGGAAAAAAAUCUUUUGUACCAAUGUGCUGGUUUUGUAUUGUGAUCCUCUUGAGCUGCUACAGAGGAUUUAUAGUAUCUGCUUUUCCCUUUAGGUGUGUCAAAGGUAGGUGCUGACAUUAAUUCUUGUGUAAAUAAAUAUAAUAGUGUGUUUCUGUUUUAGGUACAACGUCUUUUAUUUUUGUGUUUGAAAGCCAAAAGGUAAAUUUUAAUUAAAAAAAAUGUUGGCUGGUGUUUCUUGAGGAAAAUUAUGGUUAGAAAUAGUUUUUCUAUAAAAGAUUUUUCUUUUUUAGAACAUUUUCUUUAAAAUGUAUCUUAAUUUCAUUAUAGAUAUUAGUUUAGGCCUUAUAGACGCAACUCUGCAAGGGCUUUGUGUUGCUAUGGCGGCAGUUAAAGUCACAUGCAUGUAAAUGAACUUUUCUUUCACGUUCAUGUUUAUUGACACCACCAUAGAUUGCCGCAGUGAUGAUUGAGAAUUUCCUUGCAAAUAAAAGUCUCUUUUUACAGUUUGUUUAAUAAAGCUCUUCAAUGUA